UCGCAGUUCCCUGAAUAAAAACAAAAAUGCCUAUCGCAUUUGUUUAGAUAUUACUUUAUUAUUAAUUUAAUUUUAUUUUUUUUUUUGAAAUCGUGUUUGUUCUCUAAAUGAAGGAAAUAAUUGAGCACUAACAGUACGAUGGAAGAAGAAACUAGUUAUGAAGACAAACUGCUCAAACACUGCGCUAGCCUGGAGGUUGCUGUGGACGAUUUAAUAAGGUAUAAAAAUUUUUACUUUGAGCACCAUCCAGUGAGCGAAGCACACUUAAAGAACGAGAGAAUUAGAUCAAAAGUACAACAAACAAGUGAACUGUUCAAAAAAUAUAACGAUGUAGUUUUAGAAAGGACACUUAAAGCCAGCUAUUUUUAUCAACAGGGAAGAGCUUUAAAUGUUUUGGAUGAAUUUAAUCCUGUAGCUUUAGAAGUUCUGACACAAGCAAUUAAAUUAGAUUCAAAGAAUAUAGAUGCUUGGAAUAUACUAGGAGAAUUGUAUUGGAAAAACAAUGACUUUGUAGAUGGUAUAUCAUGUUUUGAAAAGGCUAACGGCAUUAAGAAAAAUAAAGAAUCAUUAAGAAAUCUUUCUAUGUUGUUUCGUCAGUUACCUCAAGAUAUUUGUAUGAGAAAUAUAGAAUCGAUACCUGCCAAGAAUAGUGAUAGAGUCUUGAAAGCACUUGAAUAUGCACAGGAAGCAUUAAAAUUAGAUCCAACAGAUGGUACAAGUUGGGGAAUAUUGGGUAACGCAUAUCUUGCAGAAUAUUUUGCUUUUGAACAAAACACUGCUUUACUUAAAAGAGCAUUGUCUGCAUAUAACCAGUCAUAUAAAGAUCCUGUUGCUAAGUUUUGCCCUACAACAACCUUUAACCAUGCCAUGGCACUUAAAUACUUUGAGGAAUAUUCUGAUGCGGUAUUGAAAUUAGAACGUGCUAUUGAAUUAGAACCCACUUGGGAAUCAGCAAAAGAUGAAUUAAGUAGCCUUUUAAGAUAUAUUCAUAACCUUCAAGACUUAUAUACUAACAAAGGCAGAAUAAAGCAGAAAAAACUAGUUGCUCAAAUUAAAAGCUUAAGUCCCAAUGAUCUGGGCCCUUUAAAAUCUGCUGAUUCUCAAUACAAGCUGAUUUCCUUAGCAGAUUUGAAUAUAGGAGAAAACAAGGAUUGUGUAGUGCUAGGACGAUUAGUGGGAACUAUAUUUUACAAUGAUGCAGUGCCAUUUGUUUUUGGUAUAGUGGAUGCAUCAGAACUUUGUAUAUUAUUCACAGUCUAUAACUUGAUUAAAAAUAAACCAUUUCCGAUAGGCGCUGCAAUUGCAGUAGCUAACCCUCUCAUGGAGAUUAAAGAAUUCAGUAUUAAAUCCAAAUCAUUUUAUUUCAAGUCUGUUCGAGUUGAUAACCCGCUAAUGAUUUUGAUAAAUGGUGAACAAGUAUCAAAAGAUAAUUUAUCAUGCAUUCAUGCAACCUUUAGUAGUACAAAUGAUAUUGAUAUGUCAAAGAAGACUCAUUUUCAUGAAAAAUAAGUGUGCAGUAAAAUUUGAGAACUUAC